AUGCCAAAAUCUUCGGAUUUUGGGCAGAAGAAAGAGCCAAAUAUACUGUCAGACCAACCUGGGACCUCAGCCUCAACGUUGGAAGUGUUCGAAUGUAAGUACAUUUGCAUUUUAGAUUUUGACUUUUAGGAGAGAAGCAGAAAUAUUACCUUUAACCCGUGAAUAAAUUGAUUAGGGAUGCUUUUAGCUAAAAAUUUUAGCGAAUUCUUUUUAAUAAAGUAUGCUGAUUACGAAAAAGACGUUAAUUUUUCUGAUUGUUACUAAUUACUACUUUACAGUACAACUUAAGAAAAAAGUAAAAAUCUGAUAAAAUGUAAAUGCUUUUUGAAAUCAGCACCAUCGAAAAUACCCAAAUCAAGAUUUUCAGAAAAAGAUCCAAACAUUAUUUUUUAACAUUACUACUUAAGAAAAAGGGUAAAGAAUACGUAAAAUACACAUUUUUUACAGAAAUACAGAGAUGUUGAGCAUAUUUGCAAGGAUUUUAAAAAUGUGCCCAUAAUGGUCUGGCCUUUAUGGCAUCUGCCCAUAAUGGACCGUUGCCUGCGAAACACGUGACUGACGAUUAAAUUUUUAGCAAAAAAGCCAGCCAAGAGGGACCUUACAACCCAUCGUUUUCUCAAGUCGAGGCGUCUCCACGAAUCCGUCGAACCUCCAAGAACCCAUCCUUUUGUGACCAAUUGGACUAUCAAUGUCUUCCGGAAUAGCCCGUUGGCCCUGUAUUCGGGGAAAUAUUCGAAUAAAGAGUCCCUUCGAGGAUAUGUUUAUACAGGCGAAAAGGAAGUGGACAGGAUCACGAACACGCUGAAGAGAUUAGGAGGUUUGUUUUUUAUAAUCCCUUUUCCGAUUUCUCUCUAAAUAUUUUAUCCCAGUUUUGGGUAUGCGUUUAAUUUUUCAAAUUUUUUACAUUUAUUUUAAGAACUUCCCCCGAAAUUACUGGAUUCUUUGGAUGAAGAUGAAUUCAAAGAAAAAAGGAAAUCAAUCGAGGAAGAUCUGGAGAAGGUGGACCUGAUAUUGGAAGGGCAAUCUCAGGAUAACGGGAAGAUGAAAGCAGUUGGGUGGCUGGCCGAUAAAAUAAGUUGGCGACACCUUCCUCUUGUAGUUCGGCAGGAAUUGAUGCGACAAUCGCCCGGACAAACAUUUGAGACCAAAAAUUACAAGAAGUCUGAGUUGACUAAAGAAAUCUGGCCCAAUCAUCCGGAUUGGCUGGAUGAUUGGGACAUUAUGCCACCUCCAGGAGAUGCCUUAUUCGAGAAUAUUGAAGAUCCCAAUCAUUAUGAUCGAGGGGAACCUCCAAUUCCUUGUUGUAUCUUCACAAAACAUCGUAAUGGGAAGAUCUCGAGGUGUCUGAGAGAGCCGAUUAAAGGAUUCAACUCGAAGUUAUGCCAGAAGUCGAUACGAAAACAAUUACCAUUCUUCUGGAGCAAAACGGUAAGUGUUUUUUGAAAUUAUUACUUUAGUUAUCAAAUCUGAACUUGACAAAAUUAUAGCGAGGGUUUUUAGGUGAUAUCCCCGGCGGUUUGCAGCUUCCAUUAUCAGAUAAUAGAGAAUGAAAAGAAGAAUACUGAAGACAACCCGUUAUUUGAGAGACCACUUGGCAAAUAUGAGACGACGGAACCGGUGAAAUUCGAUAAUGAUGCACAGUUCGAAGAGGUCUCGGAAUAUAUCAACGAUGCCCUGGAGAAGACCAGAGACGAACACAGAGAAGCACUGAGCUUUAAUACUAGGUUCUGGAAGCUCAUGGAUGUAAGUACAGUUGAUUAGAACCAUACAAUUUUUUGCCUUUGGUAAAACCUUUCAUUUUCAGCCUCCAAAAUCGAGAGAUCCGUUGAGAAAAGUGAAAGCAUUGGAGAGACCACAAAGAAGUUAUGAUGGUAUGACCCCUGAGGAUAUUGAAAAGCUGGUGAAUGAAACGGAGAAAGGGAAAAAGAAGAAAUUGCUCACAAAGUCGUCAAGAGUGCAUAUCCAAACCGAUGCGAAUGGCUUCGAAAUAGAAGAGGGGAAGGUAAGAUUGUUUAAUAGAAGAUAUGGGUUUCUUAACAGGUGCAAAUUUGAACUUUUUUCAGAGAAAGUCAAAGAGGAAGACGUCGAAUCAAACAGUGGAUUCAGAUGGCAUCGGCUCAUUCUCAAGUGAAGAGGACACAGAAUAUCUAACUGAUAUUGAAUUGAAUGACAAGUUGUCUGGAUGGCUGUCACCCAAACCGAGAUGCCGUUAUGGCCCGCUGUCACCGGAAGCCAACCGUUUUAUAGAAGAUGAGUCCAAAGAUCCGAUGGCGUGGAAGAAGAACAGAAUCCAGAAAUCUUUUCAAUAUAAUUUCCUGAUCCCCAGUCAGGUGGAAUCUAAGGAUCCCAAGGUAGAGACCAAAAAGGAACCCAAGAAAGCUAUGCCAUCUCCCCGACCGACCACUUCUAAACAUGCCUUUGAUGAGGAAACGGUGAUCGCCAAUCUCCCUAUGGCCAUCCAACAUCCAAAGAACGGGCGACUAGAGCUGGACUCGUCGUCAGAAGAAGAAGAUUAUGAAAGUGACAGGGUUCUGCGAGUAUUUGGACUGGUGGAAAAAAGAAAUGCCUCCGGGAAAGUUCCUGAUCCUAAAUUGAGUUUUGAUGGCUGUUCUGGAGCGACGAUCAGGAGGAUAAAGAAGCAUUAUAAUCUGCCAAAUAGGUCGGGAGCAACGUCCAAAUCAUUGGUACGUAUUAUUACUACUGUAGUUCCUGUUAGUGUUUAUAUUUUUUUUAUCAUUCUUGUUUCAGUUGCUCGAGGGGCUUCACGAGUUUUUCACGGAAUCGCCGGUCGAUUACAUUAAAACAAUGUCUGAUUUCAUAGCCCACACCAAAGAACCCCGUCCUCCAUUAGGCCAGACCCCACCUCAUCUUUCCAGCAACACUCCUACGGGACCAAACACAUCUUCGAAUGAAGUGUCGCCGGUUGCCUUGCCAAAGAAACGGAAGUAUACAAGGCACGAUGAAAACUAUAAGAAUCAGAACAACUCGGAGAGUUCUCCGAAGAAAAAACUUUUGGCUAAGAAAAUUAAUAACGAAGAGAAGACUCCAGACGUGAAUUCGGAUAUGAGUAUUCGGGAACAUCUCAAGAUUCAGAUGAAACUGCAGAAAAGGAAAGAAGAGAUUUCAUUGGAGGCAACUGAGAAUAGUUUGGAUGAUAUUAGUGAACAAGGAGAUAUAAAACAAGAGGAAGAAGUAAUCGAGGAAGGAGUCGUGUAUCCCCCAACAGCCGAUGGAGGAUUUGAGACAGUAAGUCGUCACACAAUUACAAUAUUUGAGCACUGCAGAAGUUAAAAAGUCGAUAUUGUUUUAGAUAACAUUCCAAGAACCCGUGAAUGCUUCUUUGGAUCUGACCCCUCAACCUUCUGUCCCUAAACCCACCUACAAUCUUCCGACCAUCCCAUCUACUUCCUAUCUAGCCACAUCUCAAGUCCGUCGCAACGGCGUGUCUUACAUUGCCGGAGGGAUCGGGAUCAAUCAUCAGAACACGAUCAAACGUCACAUAUCUCCGCAACCCUCCAACUCCAACAACUCUAUCACCACACAACUGAGGCCGAAUGUCCAAUAUUACCAGCCGAAGACAUUUACUCAACUAAACCCAUCAACUAUUUUGAGUACAAAGGCCGAAAACAACUCGGCGAAUGAGAAACAGAACAAGUCGAGCAAAGACAAAUUCCCUAGACCCAUCUUGUCGGCCUCUCACAAAACGUAG